ACCUGCACCGCAACUGUAAGCCAAUAAUUAUGAAUCUGCGGUCAUUACGAAAGAGAGCCCGCAAUCGAACAGCUGUUCGAUCGAGUAGUGUGCGCGUGUGAGUGAAAGAGAGAAGGGGAAAGGACGGGGGGAGUGUUAAAAAUUCGACUGCCAAUGCCGGCGUAAAUUUCUGAAGUUUUUUCCCAAAUUGUUAAUGUCUAAAAAACACAAUUGAGUCGUGUAAUUUUGCUUGAAACUCUGGAGCUGGAGAUGGAGAUGGAGCAGGAGCAGGAACAGGCGAUGGAUGUGAGGACGCAGGCGGAUCCCAAGGAGGCCGCCAAUCUGCUGCAACUCAUCAAGCAGCUGCUGGUGGAAAAGGCAUACGACGGCGUGCGAAUGCUUUUCAACAGCCCCAACGAGGCCGAGAGGAACACCCGCCAGUUGCCACUGAUUGCCAUGGAUCUGUACCAUGAAGUGUGUGCCGGAAAUAUCAGCGACAUUGUGUACUCCGAGGAGCCCGAGUUGUUCGACUGCUCCGACGAACUGUUGAAGGUUCUGGCCAAGUAUGCUCCGUUGCAGGAGUUGAUGUUGGAGAUGAUGGAGCGCGUGGAGGAGAGCUCCAGUCUAGCCGUCUUCGGGGCCCAUCUGCGCGCCUUGCAAGUUCUUCUGCAGCGGCAGGGACGCGACAAGCCGCAGGCCGUGGAAUGGUGCCUCCAGAGUGUGUUUACUCGCAUUAAGGAACUUCCUCUGCCAGACUAUCUCUCAGAGGGCUACGACGAAGCCCAGGCCCGACUGAUUGAGCAGCAGGAGCAAGUGGAGGACCUGCUGGCCCACUACAUAACCGUAGGUCUGUUUCGGCAGCCACUGUUCACCGAAAUCAUGGAGCAGGACAUACGUCCGGACGCCCAAAUCUUUAGGGACUGCACCAUGAACCGCCGCAACAUCUUCACCUGUUUCUUCAUACAACUUCUGGGACGCCCGCUGGCCCUGCUCCAGUUGAACAUCGAAAAGGAGGACAUGACGCGCACCUAUGUCCAUCAGGUGGUUGAAAGUCUCACGCAGGAUGCCAGCAAAUGCCUGGGCGAUCCCUACUACCUCCUCAACUUGGUGGAAAUGCGUGCCAGGUGGCAGAGAAAACUGGAUGCCACCAAGGGCGUCUACGAGAUGAGCAGCCAGAAUCUGUUCCUCAUCGAGGAGAAGCUGCCGCUGCACGCAGUAGCCAUGUACUAUCAUUCCUUGUUCGUGGGAAACCAGAUGCCCUUUACCGCACCCAGGAUCUACGCGCCGCAGUUCCUCUUCGAGACUAUUGCCUAUUUGGCGGAAGUUCUGCUCAAUCAGCAGGAGCCAUCCCUGCAACAUUGUGGUCUGCGUUUGGAAGAGUAUAUUCUGUCCAUCUUAUCGGAACCUGUGCCCUCCACAUCCCUUCAGCUGGACGUCCAUAAGCGCUUCUGCGAGGCUCUCUGCAAAAUUGUGGGGUACUCCCCGGAGGUGUCUCUCCGCCAAUUGGGUCUGCAUGUUCUCCGGCAGUAUAUCUUGGCCUUCGAGGAUCAGGGAAAGUACCUGAUACUCAAAAACCUUCUGGAAACACUCCAGCACGACGGACUGAUGGGCUAUCUCAGUGGGAUGUACAAGGAUCUGGUGGAUGAGGCUUUCAUAAAGUCCCCGCUUCUGCCGGAGGUCUUCAGCGGAGAGCUGUUCCGGGAGAUGCUGCUGCUCUGCGUUUGUGUCCUGCCCCAUGAUGUGAAAUCGGAUCUUCUGCUGAACGCCGACCGUCUGUGCAAUGCGCUUAAUAUUUUGCGCUACUUUGCGUUGAGAGACAAGGAGAAUGUGACUGGCUUCUGGCACGUUCUACCGGAAAUCGAGAAGCGAAUGCUAGUGCCGCUGGGCAAGGCCCUGGACUUCUCGAUGGCCCACUACAAGGCGUAUAAGGAGCGAGUGGAGAACGGACAGAGCGCUUCGGACGAUGCGCUGAUGCAACGCCAGCUAAACAUGCUGGCCGUGAACAUCUCCAAUAGCGGAAUGGCUGGCGGCGAUGGCGACAACCACCUGCCCGAUAUCGGACGCACGGAGAAACUCGAGGUUCUGGCCAGCUCCAUCACCAGCUUGGAAACCCUGCUGGGCCUCUAUCUGCGCGCCAACGAAUGCAUCGAGCUAGCCGGUCGCAAGCGACGGCUUCUCUCUGAUGCCUAACUUUUAAUUUUUUCCAUAAAGAAAGCGAAAUGAUUACAGUAAACAGUAUAUGUAAACAGAAACGAAAACGAAA